GGGAAGAAGAAAUAUUAUAGCUACCUAGGUAUCUACUUUCAUUAUUGCGUAACGUGCAGACAAGUUUCAGCUGGGAGGGCAUUGGAAUUGCUAGUUUGUGUAUAUUGGGGAAGAGCAGCAAUCGCUAGCUUGAACAUCUGUAAGCUGCCACUGUCCUAUCAGUUUACCCAUUACCUUGCUGACGAGACCUCGUACAUUGACUUGCGUAUAUGGUUAAAUUCCAACAUCAAUGUUGAUUGGCUUGUGUGGAGGCAUCUGCUCUGGCAAACAUGCCAUCGCGGAAUAUCUCAUCCAGAAUCAAGGUUUCCGGCUACUUGAGUUGAAAAGUAAUACCAUCUCUCAAGCAGCUGAUGAGGAUGAGGUUGAUCUUCAGCUGCAAGUCCCCGAUACAAAUGGGGGGAUAAAAAGUCCACCUUCAACAGUCUUUGAAUGUGUAGACUCGCUCCUCGAAUUUGCAACCAAGAACUGGCAAGGGUUAUGGGUUACAGCAGACAUUUGGGAGGGCACCACUCUAGACCGCUUUCUCCAGCGCCCAUUUUUCCUUCUGGUGAGCGUGGAUGCACCGGUCAGUCUUCGAUGGAAACGAUUGGUGGAUAGAUGCCGAAGGAGACAAACUGAGCCUCCUUCACUUGAGAAGUUUAUAUUUUGGAACGACCAACAUCUGUACGAGAAGAAUGUUGGGCGUGCUUAUUUGACAGAUCGAGCCCAGGUUCGAUUGUUCAACUCCUCUUCUUCGCUCGAGGAACUCCAUGCUGCCCUAAAAGCUCUGAACCUAGCCGAUGAUCAGAGAUUACGACCGAGCUGGGACCAAUAUUUCAUGCAACUAGCAUCUCUUGCUGCGCAGCGGAGUAAUUGUAUGAAGAGAAGAGUAGGCUGUGUUCUUGUUCGUGACCACCGCGUCAUAAGCACAGGGUACAAUGGAACUCCCCGGCAUAUCAGAAACUGCAAUGAAGGAGGAUGUCCCAGAUGUAACCGUGGCGAGGGCGGGGGUCUUGGUCUAUCGACCUGCCUAUGUCUCCACGCAGAGGAAAAUGCCCUUUUAGAGGCUGGGCGAGAGCGCAUACGUGAAGGCGCGGUGCUCUAUUGCGAUACUUGUCCCUGCUUGACGUGCACAGUCAAGAUCACCCAGGUUGGAAUCUCUGAGGUUGUCUACUCAAAAGGCUACAACAUGGAUCAAGAUAGUGCCACAAUUCUCAGGACCGCCGGCAUUCGGCUUCGGCAAUUUUCUCCUCCUCAAAAUGGGCUCAUUUAUUUGGGUUAGUUCACAAGGCGUGGGCUUAUAAGAGAAAUGAAGUGCAGCAUAUCUCUUCCAUACGUGCUCUAAAGGUAUCUAGAUCAAAAACGCUUGCCGCCG